CAAUCACCAUAUCGGAAUUCCCGAAGUUAUCAUGCGUUCCUGUCAAGAGACCGCGCGUAACAAACUUAUGUUGUAUGCUCACAUGUCGAGAUUGCUAGAGGCACGUUCGUCUGGACCGACAAUGGCUCUCGGGUCAGCCGGUGUAAAUCAACCUAAAUCAGCCCAUAUGGGCGUUCUGUUCUCUCUGCUUCUAUCUUUGCACGUUUCAACGUGCUCGUGUACAUGUGCGCUUGGGAAGUGCCCUAACAAAUUAGAACCGUAGCGUAUAAUGUUCUCGUCAUAUAACGACUCAAAAAUCGGUGUCAAGAUUCUUCUUUGAUUUGUCAAUCCAAGCAUGCCGUCCUUGCGAAGCAAAAAUGGAUCUGAGGGUCCAUCCAACAUCUAUUCCUAUUUACGCGGCGUCCAUAAUUAACGCAACAUCCACAUGAAAUCUAUAAAUUGGCGGCUCUUGGGCCUGGUCAUUGGUAUUCGUUUGUUCUUCUUCACUAUGAAGUGCGUUAGUGCUCUUGCUGCUGUUAUCGUCUCCCUCCUCCCCAAGGUUUACGGCUGGGGAGCUAGCGGACAUGAGGCCGUCGGUGCAAUUGCUCAACAGUUCCUUGCAUCCAAAGCGUCCUCUUUUGUAGCAUCUACACUUGCCAGUGGAGAAACGCUCAGUUCUGCAGCAACGUGGGCCGAUAGUAUACGGUCUGAGUCUGCAUUUUCAUGGUCUUCGCCUUUGCAUUUCGUGGAUGCAGAAGACAAUCCUCCUAGCUCUUGUUCUGUAUCCGAGUCGAGAGACUGCUCGAACGGAAGAUGCAUUCUCACUGCCAUUGCAAACUAUACCAGCAGAGUAAUCGACGACUCGUUAUCUCACGAGCAAGUUUACGAGGCACUGAAAUUCAUAGACCACUUCGUUGGGGACAUCGGGCAGCCCCUUCAUGUCGAGGCCUUCGAACUGGGAGGCAACGACAUCAGCGCGAAAUGCAGCGGUUUGAGUACUAAUCUUCAUGCUGUCUGGGAUUCUGGUAUUAUCAACAAACGCUUGAAGGCUGAUUUUGGCAACUCUGUAUCGUCGUGGGCGAACACCCUUGCCACUCGAAUCAAGUCCGGCGCGUACGCGAAUCUGACAUCCGAUUGGAUUUCUUGCUCGUCGACUACAGAGCUAGCACGUAGGGAAAAGAGGAAUGUUGAAACUGACAUUAAGGGCCACCUGGCUUCUCGGGCGACGACCCCCUUAGAAUGUCCCCACAUCUGGGCCGUGGAAGCCAAUGAGCUGAACUGUGAAUUUGUCUUUACCUACAUUAACUUUUCGGACCUUUGUUCGACCAGUUACUAUGACGAUGCUGUUCCUCUGAUCGAACUUCAAAUUGCGAAACAAGGAUUCCGUUUGGCUGCUUGGCUGAAUGUCCUUUUUGAUGGAAGUACUAAUCUUUAACGCAGAAAAGUUGGAUGAUUGAAUGGCAUUUCGUCAUUGUUUUUCCUGGUGAAAUAAAAUCUCUAUUGCUAUCGAAGGUCUUUUCGGUCCGAACCUGUUCGGUGGCCGGGCUGUCCACGGUCCGUAUCUACUACCACCAUAUGCUGCAUGCGAUCGAAGUUCGCAUGGUACCUUCUCGAG